CAAGUAUGAUUACCAAAAUCCAGCAAUUAAUUAGAUUCCCCUAAGCUAUAGUAGUUAGGGGUUUAAUUACUUUCAUCACUGUAUAUUGAUUCAUUUUUCUAUUUAUUUGUCAUUCUCCCCCACCACCUCAUUAAUUAUUUCUUUUAAAUCAAUUGCACAAUCAAAGGUCACCAUACAUUAAAAAAUGCAACCAUAUAACUCACAUCAUUAAACAAAAAGAAUUAAGGGACAGAAAAUCAAGCAAAUCAAAGAGAAGGUGAAGAAGACAUGGGAGAGCAAGGUGAGCAGCUUCAAAGAUCAGUAACAUCAUUUAGAAGACAAGGCUCUUCAGGAUCUGUAUGGGAUGACAAGUUUCUUGCCGGUCUUUGGGAUCAGAGUCAGAAUCAGAAGCAACAAGAUGAGCAGUCUCAGCCUCAGCCUCAGCCUCAGCCUCGGCCUCAAAGCGAAUCAAGUGGCAUCAUGUUGGAGCGUAGUAGAUCAGGAGGAGGGGCAAGACAGCAUCAACGUCGGACGGUCACCGUGGCGCCGCCAUCCAAUGACCCUCCCUCCCCUAAGGUACCAACCUGUGGCCUUUGUGGAUUCUUUGCUAAAUCCAAUAAUAAUCCUAAGGUCAAGAAACGCAGGUGAUAUAUCUUUUUUAGACUUUAUUAGGUAGAUAAUGAUUUUUGUGAAUAAUGUGAACAAUAAACUCUAAAAUUCGUUCAAUAAAGUAAAAAUACGCUACACUUCUAAAUUAUUCACCAAAAUCUUAAUAUUAGGAUAACCAUCUGCACACCUAGUGAAUUGAACAUCCCAUAUAUCCAUUGUUUAAUUUGUUUAGUAUUUUUAUCGUCUAUCUAUACUUUUCCAUUUUUUUUUCUUUCUUUCUUAGUUAUGUUAUUAUGUAGUUGGUUCUUAGCUUCAACAUGUAAAUUAGUGGUUCUUGUAUCUUGGGUAAUUAUCCUUGAAUUAUUAUGAUUGCACAUCGACUUUGUUGUUUCCA